UGGGCCGAGCUGCGCUGCUGCUGUCGCUGCUGGUGGCGACGGCUGCGGGCCGGGCUGGCGUCUCUGCCGCGGGCGGCCCGGCGGUGCACAGCUUGCGGGGGAGCUGGCGGCUGGGCAACAGGAACGGCUCGGUGGUGCUCCGAGGGGAGGUGCCAGGCUGCGUGCACACCGCCCUGCACCGCCGGGGCCUCAUCCAGGAUCCAUACUAUAGAUUUAAUGACGUGAUGUACAGAUGGAUCUCACUGGAUAACUGGACUUACAGCAGGACAUUCAAAACUCCUUUUGACAUCAGAAAGUGGCAGAAAGUGAAUUUGGUUUUCGAGGGAGUAGAUACAGUAGCACAGAUCCUGAUCAACAAUAUCACUCUUGGGAGAACAGACAACAUGUUCAACAGAUACAGCUUUGACAUUACCAGCGUGAUCAAGGAGGUCAAUUUUGUUGAAGUCCGUUUCUUAUCAGCCGUUUCAUAUGCAGCAGAGCAGAGCAGAUGUCACAAAGCAUACAGCAUCCCCCCGGCAUGCCCUCCACCUGUGCAGAAAGGAGAGUGCCAUGCUAAUUUCAUCAGAAAGGAGCAGUGUUCAUUUAGUUGGGACUGGGGCCCUUCUUUUCCCACUCAAGGAAUCUGGAAAGAUGUUAGGAUUGAGGCCUAUAACCAUUAUCACCUGAUUUACUUUUCUUUGACUUCUUUCUUUGUAAAGAGUGCUCAGCAGUGGAGUCUUGAAGUUGAGUCUAUUUUUGAUGUAGUUGGCUCCAAGCCAAUUGCAGGUCUUGUGACUGUGAACAUUCCUAAAUUGCAAACGCAGCAAACAUUCAGUGUGAAGCUUCAACCUGGAGAAGGCAGCAUUGUGCUGCUUGUAAACAUCAACAAGAGUUCUGCAGUGGAGGCUUGGUGGCCAAAUGGACAUGGAAAGCAAACUGGAUACAACAUGACAACAACUUUCAUCAUGGAGGCAGGAUACCAGAUCGAGAAAUUUUCAAAGGCCUAUUUUCGGACAGUAGAACUUGUUCAGGAGCCUAUUCCUGGCUCACCAGGUCUGAGUUUCUACUUCAGAAUCAAUGGCCGACCCAUUUUCAUUAAGGGCUCAAACUGGAUUCCAGCAGAUUCUUUCCAGGACAGAGUGACCUAUGACAAAUUAUGGCUACUCUUGAAGUCUGCAGCGGAUGCUAACAUGAAUGCACUUCGGGUUUGGGGAGGAGGAGUAUAUGAACAAGAUGAAUUUUAUGAUAUUUGUGAUGAAAUAGGAAUAAUGAUUUGGCAGGAUUUUAUGUUUGCAUGUGCGCUAUAUCCAUCUGACCAGAAUUAUUUAGAAUCCGUAAGAGCAGAAGUUUCUCAUCAGGUAAGGCGUUUAAAAUCCCAUCCGUCAAUUAUUCUGUGGAGUGGUAACAAUGAAAAUGAAGCAGCAAUUGCAAGCAACUGGUUCUCCAUACCUUAUGCUGACAGAGAAGUCUAUAUCAAAGACUACGUGAUGCUUUAUGUGAAGAACAUCCGAGAAAUAGUUCUUACUGAAGAUAAGAGUCGUCCUUUUAUUGCAUCCAGUCCCACCAAUGGCUUGGAGUCAGUUAAAGAAGGUUGGCUCUCCCAGAAUCCUUAUGAUACCCAUUAUGGUGAUACUCACUUUUAUGACUACAGCAAUGACUGCUGGAACUGGACAGUGUAUCCUAAAACUCGUUUUGCUUCAGAAUAUGGAUUUCAAUCCUGGCCUUCCUUCAGUACAAUCGAAAAGGUUUCCUCCACUGAGGACUGGUCCUACACAAGCAAUUUUUCUCUCCAUCGACAACACCAUGAAAAUGGCAAUGAUCAGAUGCUUCAACAGAUUGGGCAUCAUUUCAAGCUUCCCCAGAGCACAGAUCCUGUAAAGAAGUUCAAAGAUAUGAUUUACCUCACUCAGGUGAUGCAGGCUCAGUGUAUGAAGACAGAAACUGAAUUCUAUCGUUUUAGUCAAAGUGAAAUAAUCAAUGGAGAGGGACACACAAUGGGAGCUCUGUACUGGCAACUCAAUGACAUUUGGCAGGCACCUUCAUGGGCUUCCUUGGAGUAUGGUGGCAAGUGGAAACUGCUCCAUUAUUUUGCCCAGAACUUCUUUGCACCACUGCUGCCUGUGGCCUACGAAGACAAAGAUGUGUUGUACAUUUACGGUGUCUCAGAUCUUCAUGCAGACCACAAGCUGACUUUGAGGGUCAUUGUGCACGUCUGGAGUUCUUUGGAGCCAGUAUGCACCCUUGCCAAAGACGGUGUGACUGUUAAAGCACAAAGUGCUGUCCCCAUCUACAAGGAGUCCAUAAAUAACUUGCUGGAAAGAUGCAGAAAUUGUACCAGGAAAAGCUGCGUUAUUACUUUCUGUCUUGUGGGAGAAGGUGGGCUCCAGAGUCCUACGAACCAUCACUUCCUUUCAUCACUAAAGGAUGCUGUAGGAUUAGAAAAGACCCAGCUUAGUGCCUCUAUAUCCCAACGAGAUGACAUUUAUAUAUUUGUUCUUCAGACCACUGCAAUUGCUCCUUUUGUUUCUCUGGAUGUAGGGAGUAUAAAAGGCAGAUUUAGUGAUAAUGGUUUCCUCAUGACCGAAAAGAAGAAAGUGGUUGUGUUUUAUCCUUGGGAACCUACCAGUGUUGAAGAACUAGAAAAGUCACUAACCUUGACCUCUCUGGUGGACGUUGUCUGAGGAUACUUCAUUUCCUUCUAGUUAAAGAGUGAAACAGGAGGAGGAAAAAAAUUAGAAGAAUUUGACUAAAGUUGAAGUGAUGUACAAUUUGAGCUGACUGGAGAACAUACUGUCUAUGAAUUUUGCUGUCUAUGUGAAUUUUAACUGCUGGUUCAAUGUAAAGAUACUAACAGCAAAGCUUGCAUGUAAUAUAUAUGGUGUAUUGAAAGUACAGCUUUCUCAGGUAGCGGGAAAAAUAUAUCCCAUGUAUAAAAUGGGAGGGGUGAGUCAGUGCAAGAGAGCUAGUCUGAGUUCUCCAGUUCACAUGAGAUUGGAGUUGUGAAUUCAUCCUAACUAAGAGGCAACACAAAUAUGCACCUCCAGCCUAUGGUUGCAAAAAUCCAUAUUUUUUCCAGUUUCACUAUGCCGUAAGUGGAAAUUCAUCUCAGGAUAACAGCAAGGUAUGCUGGGGGCAAGGAGAAAGGGCAGGGAGUGAAGCUGGGAUCACCUCCACAGGUAUGCCCCUUCUUGGAGUGGUUUGAUCUUAUCUGCACCCAAAUUGGGAGAGCACUAGUCCUACCCUUUCCGAUCUAUGGCUGUCACUCCGUCAGGUGUCCUGCCUGCUUCCUGCAAGGCAGGCUUCCAAAUAGACAUGAAACCUGGGCUGCCUAGUCAGACAUCAGGCAGAUCUGUUCCCCAUUCUGAAAGGGGAAUUGAGUAUGAGACUUGUUUUCUUCUCUCCUCUAUUUUCAUGCAACAUGAGCAAUAAUCUUGAGAGCUCUGCGUCUAGCUUUGACUAUUCCCAGAGAGCUGCAGGUGCAGACACAAACCUUUUGCUGCUGUGUGGGAUCCUGCAUAAUAUGGCAUAGUGUGAGAUAUGGCUGUGGGAAAAGGAGCGGGGAGAAGAGUCGACCAAAGGUGCAAAGAGAAAGGAGGUGGCACAGAGAAGAAAUGGUCGUGUGAGAGGACCACAGAGUUACAAGUGACUGCUUCUCUAGUAGAUGCAUAGGGCAGGGGCUGCUGUUCUCACUCAGACAUUGCUGUACAGCUGUUCUGUCACCUCCUGGCAUUCCUCAUGAGUGGCCCUGUGCUCCACACUGUUCCUCCUCUCUUUCCAAUAAAGCAAAACCUCGACA